UUAAAUUACUAUCUAGUACGCAUGCGCAAUUAGCUUGUUUAGCUGACCCUCUGGCUGCGAAGUUUGGUCUGAGUUCGGGAACAAAACCAUGGGAAGACCAGGUUUCUCACCACGCGGAGGCGGCAGAGGUUUUUCACCACGUGGGGGUGGCAGAGGAGGAUUUUCACCCCGGGGUGGUGGCUUCAGAGGUGGUGGCAGAGGAGGUGGGAGAGGAGGAUUUGGUGAUCGUGGAGGGAGAGGUGGAUUUAGAGGCCGCGGCCGCGGUGGGGGCCGGGGUGGCAGAGGCGGAGGCAGAGGCGGCUUCGGUGGAGGGAGGAAGGUUAUAGUGGAACCACACAGGCAUGCAGGAGUGUUCAUUUCCCGAGGAAAGGAGGACUCUCUGGUCACUAAGAACAUGGUGGUGGGAGAGUCCGUGUAUGGGGAGAAGAGGAUAACAGUCGAGGAGGGAGAGACCAAGUUGGAGUACCGUGUGUGGAACCCGUUCCGCUCGAAGCUGGCUGCCGCCAUCCUGGGCGGGAUCGAUCAGAUCCACAUGGCGCCGGGGUCCAAGGUGCUGUACCUGGGCGCCGCGUCAGGAACAACGGUGUCUCACGUGUCGGACCUGGUCGGACCGGAAGGGCUGGUGUACGCUGUCGAGUUCUCCCACAGGUCCGGCAGAGACCUGCUCAACGUCGCCAAGAAGAGAACAAACAUCAUUCCAAUCAUAGAGGACGCCAGACACCCGCACAAGUACAGGAUGCUAGUCGGUAUGGUGGACACGAUCUUUGCUGAUGUUGCUCAGCCCGACCAGACCAGGAUAGUCGCCAUCAAUGCUCACAACUUCCUCAAGAAUGAUGGUCAUUUUGUCAUCUCUAUCAAGGCCAACUGCAUUGACUCCACAGCAUCAGCAGAAGCCGUGUUCGCAGGAGAAGUGAAAAAGAUGAAGGCAGAAAAAAUGCACCCAAAAGAACAGCUGACACUGGAGCCUUACGAGAGGGACCACGCGGUAGUGGUGGGGGUGUACAGACCCUCCAAGAAGUGAGCCCAGGAUUCCAGUGUAUUUGUUCUUGUCUUAGGUUUUUAUGGGUUUAGUUUAACACAGUAGAAAACUUCUACUGUUUCCCUGAUUUAACACAAGAACUCUGGUAUCAUUGAUUAGAGAAGUGGACGAGGCUGGUUACGACGUAAAGUCACUCGCCAGUCAUUUUGUAAAUCAAGCAUUUUUUAGUUGUGAUAAGUAAGAAUAUAUGGAAGUUGUAGUAGGGUAUCAUACAUGGGUGUUAUCUACAACAGUGAUAUUAGAUAAGUCAAAAUUUCCUUUUCUUGUCAAGACAUAUUCAUCUACUUUUGCUACAGUUUGUGCCAAUGGAGGGUAGUUUAUAUAAUCCGCUAACCAAACUUUGAUUUGUUGUAGUGUAGACUCUGAACUGCCUUAUUGGUGGUUGAAGAAAACAAAACAAAUAAUAAAAAGGCUUUAGUUGAAGAGGUGAUUUCUACUAUGUAUCUACUGUAAGGCAGAAGUACCUUCAUGUUUGUAUUUAUGGACAAAUUGAUAAGGAAGAAAAUUAGUUUUAAGUCUUUAAGUUGUCCAGAGCUGUACAGAUAUGUGCACAAGUUAUGCUUAACGUUACACCUCCAGACUAACAUGUACCAGUACUUCUUAUUUUCCAAAUGCAAUUAAUAACAACUGUACUAAUAAAAACAUCCAACUGUGA